CACCUUUUACUGGAACAAUUGCACAGAUGUUGUCAUCACCUCUAUAUAAGGUUGGAGAAAGUUUUGUUACUGAUAGAAACCUGACAGACCUUGAGCAAGGAGCUGAGUGGAAAAUGCAGUCCUCCACUAUCCUUAAGGCUAUUUUUGUCACCGUCCUCUGCAUGGUGGUGGAUGGAAAGGUAUUUAAUCAGUGUGAACUGGCAAAGAAGCUGAAGAUAUCUGGUUUGGAUGGAUACCAUGGGUACAGUCUGCCUAACUGGAUUUGCAUGUCGUUCUACGAGUCUCGUCAUAGCACUCGUUUGGUGAACCGCAACAAGGACAAGUCCACUGAUUACGGGAUCUUCCAGAUCAAUAGCCGCUGGUGGUGCAAUGACGGGAAAACGCCGCACUCCAAAAAUGCGUGCAACAUCCCCUGCAGCCGCCUGCUGGAUGAUGACAUCACUGAUGACAUCCAAUGCGCAAAGCGUGUGGUGAGGGACCCAAAUGGAAUGAAAGCAUGGGUUGCCUGGCGUAAGUUUUGCAUAGGUCGGGAUCUUACCAAGUACACUGCCGGCUGUGGAAUUUAACCAUGAAAUAACUGGGUGGGCAGUGCUACAAUUCUGUAGCUUUUAGGAAUCUACAUUCCAUGUCUUAUAAAUGCAUAUUUUUAAAAAUAUAAUUUUAGAGCUGCAU